AUGGAAUCUCAAUCUUUCGUCCUGCACUGCACAGCUGUCCUAACAGCGAAAGGAGUUGACCGAAUGCGCACGCAGACUGGUGCGCUGAUGAAUUCGCCAGGCGGGGGCGCUUCAGCUGUGUUUGCACCGGAUGGACGGAAACUCACAACCGAUUUGGCGAAUGAUCAGGAGGGGAUCGUCUACGCGAAUUUGAAUUUCGAUGAGAUUUCUAUGGCGAGGUCAUUUGUGGAUGUUUGUGGGCACUAUUCGCGGCCGGAUUUGCUUUGGUUGGGUGUAAAGGAUGGAGGAGAGUGGGAGUGCGUGAGGAGAGAGAAGUAG